AUGUGUGCUGAAACAUUGCAACGUUCAGACAAACAAGCGCCGAGUUCGAUGAUCCUUGCGCUGUCAACACCAGCCAGCCAGCUCAGCUGCAGUCACGAGUUAGCUCAGUUGGUAGAACUGCCAGUUAUCGUCUCGUGCAGCUACGCGAUGGCUUGGUUCGAAUACUGUCUGCUCGAAAACUCAAUGAUUAUAUCAUUAUACGAUUAUAGCAUACUUGCGCGUGCUUACAUAACUUUGUUCAAACGUAACCCAUUUUGCUGGGAUGAUAAGAAGAUGGAUGCCAAACUGGACCAAAUCUGUAAAAAGUUGUUUAUGUUCGUUAUGCAGUUAGACGAGAAGGUCGCCUUACAUGUAGAUCGCAACAUUUUUUACGAGGAGUUCACUGAUGCCCAUGUCAACUCCAUUCAGCAUCCCGCAGUUGACGCUGCCAAACUGAUGAGUUACUUGAACAUGCCUUGGCUUGCCUUCGCAUCUUCAGAGCAAAUAUUAGGCAACACUAGUCUCUACAGCACGUUAGUCCGUCUCUUCAGUCCAUACGACCGCAUGGGGCAGGCACUCGUCAAACUGUUGGCUCAUUUCAUGUGGAGUGUCGUGUGGGUGAUGUCGCAAGCAGUUGAGGAAUGCACCUACUCGGUGAGGUCCAUCAGUGCUGUCUUCACCAAGUGCGGCAUCACCAUCAACGCUUUCAACGAUGCCAUUCCAUUCAACGAUAAAGGCAAUCACACAAAAUUGGAUGAUUCUUUGAAUGACAUCAAAUCGAAAGCAAGAAUUAUUCUGUUGUGUGGAACAACGAGUUUCAUCGGGCAGACGAUCAGCAGUGCAUAUAGAUUGGGAAUGAUGACGGGAGAGUUUGCGUUCAUCGUCUUCACUCAACUACCACCCGUCCACGUCAGAGAACCCUGGCUGGAUUACGAAAACGAGAUUCCUCUCGAGGCUUUCAAAUACGUCAUUCAGGUGGUUCUACUGAAUUUUUUCAUCGAGUUGGACAUUCUGAAAUUUUCUAUCCAUCUGGCGGAUGCAAACGUGAGCAACACGAAGGAGUUUUUGGAGGAGGUACCCGUAAGGAUGGCUGAGCCGCCGUGGAAUUACAACAAUUCACUCCUCAACAACAUUUCUGCCAGUCAGUAUGCCCUCUACCUGUACGACACUGUCUACGUGUAUGCCAUGAUGGUCGACCAGUUCGUUAACUCCUCUCAAGAUAUCAAGAACGGGGCUGCCUUCUUGAACAACGGGAGAAAUUUCACUCUCACUGACAAAAAGACAGGGGACAUCGUGAUUGAUUACAAGUCUGACCGCAUUGAAGAUUACUCAGCGUGGCAGUUUGAUCAGGCCAGCUCCCUUUACAGAGUUCUCCUUAAAUUAAAAAUUAAAAAGUUUUCAAAAUUUUCAACGAAGGUUCCAUUGACGAACACUGCAACUAUUCCACUCGAAGCUGAUCCAUGUGCUUCUACUGUGGGCGUCGAGAUCAAAGCCAACUCCAGCGUUAUAUUCCCCAGAGACGUUCCAGCAUGUGGAUUUGCCAAUGAGAACUGCAUGAAAGCACCUGCUGUCUCAAACGAGAAUGCCGUCAUCAUAGGCACGUUGGUCAGUUUGUUCUUCGUCCUAUUCUUUGCUGCGGUGGUCUUCAACACAUUCAGGCGCAAGAAGUACGAGAAAGAAGUGUUGAUGAUGAGGUGGAAGAUCAAGUACGACGAGAUCCUCCUCUUCAACAAGAGCAAGUUCAGUCAGAGUGUGAUGGGAAGGACGAUGGACGCCGAGAUGUACGCCAUGCAGAAAGUGACCAACAUGCUGACCGGCCAGUACUUGGGCAUCAACGUCGUCCUGAAACAUCUGCCGACCAACCAUCUGGUCCUUAGUAGAGAGGAUCUGCUCGAACUCAAAAUUGUUAUUUGGCUUAUUCAUUGUACACUGUUUUGA